AUCAUUCUCUAUUUCCCUUCUUCGGUCUGAUUUUCACCCUCACGCAGCGCCAUCAGCCGCCGGAGAAGGCUGCUCAACCUGGUUCCGAACUCCCUGCAAGUUGCAGUCUUCCAUCCGUCGUCCGACACUUGGCCCUACUUUCUGAACCUUGCCACUGCCGCCUCGUCCGGUUCCUGUUCAUACUCAAACAUCGACGUCUCAGCUAUGUCGGAAUCUUGAAACCGUAGUCCAUGCUCCGCUACCAUACCGCCGCUGUCCACUCUCUCACCAGCUCCUUGCUGAUAAGCUACGAUCUGUCGGAAUCUUUGCUCGCUGUCAGAACCUUUCCUUGCUGCAGGACCUCCGCGAUCCGUACUGGGAAAUUCUUGCUUGUGGUUUCAAAUGAUGGAUUUCUCAUGGCUGAGUGCUAUUCUACUUGGGGCUGGCUGCCUUGCUUUUGGAUACUGCAUAGGUAGACACUGUCCUACUUGUUUAUUCUUCUCAAAAAGAGGAGGUAAGAACAAUGCAGUUGUUAAAGCAAACAAGAAGGUCAAAGAACCAUUUGAAAUUGAAAAGUUGGCUGAUAUUCUAGAAGAUUUUAAAAUGGUAUUGGUGGUAAGAAACGAUCUUAAGAUGGGUAAAGGGAAAAUUGCUGCCCAAUGCAGGUUCAAAUAUCUAUGCUAGCUUGGCUAAUCUUUUUUAAUUUUUUUAUUGGUGCAAAUGUUAACUGUUGAGAUUGGAUUUUUAUAUUAAACCACACAAAUAAUUAAGUUUUUUUUCUUCUUUUCUUUUUUUCUUUUUCUGGCCAACUAAUUAAGUGUUGUUGAAAUUGAGUUAUUUGAUUGUUGAUGGAUCCUUUGUUCACUUCAAUAUGCUGUAUCAAAUGCGACUUGUUAUUAUUUUACUUUGGAGGAUGAAUAUCCUUAUGUGGAAAAAGAGGUAAAUGUCCUAUUGAAAUCUAGUUUAUUUGUCAUACUACUAGAGUGCUUGGGUUUGAUAUGCAGGCAUUUGUUGAACAUAGCUCCUUUUUUAAAUUGCCCAGCAUAGAUGAUAUGUCUAUGAUCAAACCAUUUAACUCCAUUUGCUGUAGUGCAUUUGAAGGAAGGCAACAAAACAUAAUAGAGAAUAGAUAGCAGCUUGAAGGACAUUAAUCAGAGCACUAGAUUUUUUUGUAUGAUUCAAUUGAAUGAAAAUGGAGUUAAACCCAUGGAGAGGUGUAAUGAAUGAGAUGUCCUAUUCUUUCUGUCACAUCUCUAGCAUUUGUCAUAAAAAGAGAGUGAUCAAGCUCUAUACUCGCAUCAGCUUUAUUUGGCAUGAAUAAAUUGUAAAUUUGCCAUCCACGACUUUCUCUUUGUUGUUUUUGUUGAAAGUUAGAAUCUGGGACCAUUUCACAGAGUAACUUAUUAACCUCUGUUCCAUAAAACAAUUAUCCUGCAUGAUGGUGGAUUGAUUGAUGAUUCUAGGUUGGUUGCUUUUAAUUUUUUGACUUUCUUUCUGGUAUUCGACUGCAUUUCAUUCUUGUUUAUGAUCAAAAUAUUUGCUUCCAUUGUUUAGUCAUGCAACUUUGGGUCUCUACAAAAAGCUCUUGAAUCGGGCACCAAAAGCUUUAAACAGGUGGGAGAUGUGUGCUCAGCCUAAGGUGGUUGUGAAAAUAGAGAGCGAGGAAGAUAUGCUUGUUUUGCAAGAGAGAGCAAAAUCGCUGAACUUACCAACACAUAUUACUAUAGAUGCAGGAAGAACUCAGAUUGCACCCAAUUCAAGGACUGUGAUGGCUAUUCUUGGACCUGUUGAAGUGGUUGAUGAUGUAACAGGCGGAUUGAAGCUCUUAUAAUCAAGUGAAAUUUAGAGCAUAGAAGUGAAGUGAUAGAGUUUUGAGGGGACUGAUUCCUUAGAAGACUGAAUUUUAUCAUUAAACCUUUUUGAAGGGUAACUGCUUGGAUAUUUGAAAUAUUCUUCAUCUAGUGAUGGAACCCUUAAGAUUCUAUCGUGUAUUGUGAUGAUAAUGAUAAGCUUUUAUAGAAAGCUCAAUCAUAACGUGUUCUGAAUACCAAAUUAGGUAACUAUUAUAUGGACAUGCCAAAAUGAUUCCUAUGAUUUUUAGUUGAUCUUGUAUUUCUCAUCAGAUGACACAAGGGAACACAUU